AUGUCGAUGGGGCCCGCGGCCGGCGGCGUCCAGCCGGGGAGCGUCGCGGCGCCCGGGAGCCAGGCGCGGCCGCAGAGCCCCGAGGACGAGGACAGGAAGGUUCGAAGGAGAGAAAAAAACCGAGUUGCUGCUCAGAGAAGUCGGAAGAAGCAGACCCAGAAGGCUGACAAGCUGCACGAGGAGUAUGAGUGUCUGGAGCAGGAGAACACCACGUUGCGGCGGGAGAUCGCCAAGCUGACCGGGGAGCUGCGGCACCUGAGCGAGGCGCUGAAGGAGCACGAGAAGAUGUGCCCAUUGCUGCUCUGCCCUGUGAACUUUGGGCAGGUGCGGCCGGAUCCUGUGGCCAGCUGCCUGCCGCGAUGACACCCUAGCAUGCUCCUCCUAUGCCAGCUUGGAGCCUUGGUCACUUUCAUACCCGGAAGGAAAGGUGUCCCUCCACACCUGCGUGCAAGGCACGUGUACCGGUGCCCCUGCCUGGAAGCUCUGGGGCCAGCUGCGGUCGCUGAAGCCUGGCUCAGCAAGGCGCUCUGGAGGGCCUGACUUGGAGCCCUGGCCCGGCAGGCCCAGCGGGAAGGCCACCCUCAGGAGUCACUUCUCAUCCACUUUGGCAGCUAGUAGAGCCUGCCCCUCUGCAGGAUACUAUACUCUAGAAUUUGGAUAAUAAAGAUGGCUACUGUC